UAAAAAUCUGUGCGCCAUUUUAAAAUCCAUUAGUCUCAGGAUUUAUACAAAAGUUUUAUUAUAGAAAAUAAUUGAAAAACAUUUAUUAUUUAAAAUACAUCGUAACAUUUUUAAUAUUUAUAAAUCUUGGAACUAUGUAAUGUUAUAAACACACCUACUUAAGACUUUUCGAAUAUUUUAUGAAUUUUUGAAUAAAAUUUUAAAAACAAAAUGCAAGUACAACAGGGACUAGAACGUUUAUCCUUAAUAGAUCCAAUGGAUGGAUCCGAUGGGAAUAAUCAUGGGGAUAAUAUGGGACCAGGACGUAUACCUACAAAUGAUCACCGUCUUGCAUUUUUACAUGAAAUGCAAGUGAAUAACUUUGAUUUAAUUCGAUUUGCAUCGUAUCGAACUGCUUGUAAAUUACGAUUUAUUCAGAAGAAGACAAAUUUAAAUGUAGUGGACAUUUGGAAUGUAAUUGAAGCAUUUCGUGAGCAUGCAUUAAAUACAUUAGAACCAAAUUGUGAAUUAAGUAUUGCCCGAUUGGAAACAUUACUUUGUUCAUUAUUUCAUAAUUUAAAUAAACGUUUACCUCAAUCGCAACAAGUAAUGGUCGAUCAAUCAUCAGCCUUACUAUUAAAUUGGUUAUUGUCUGCAUAUGCUACAGUUGAUAAUGUUGGAAAAAUUCGUGUAUUUUCUGUUAAAAUAGCACUAGCCACAAUAAGUGCUGGUAAAUUAAUGGAUAAAUUAAGAUAUAUAUUUUCGUUAAUAUCCGAUAAUAAUGGACUGUUGGUACCAUGGAAAUUUAAUGAGUUUUUACAAGAUAUUUUAUCGUUACCUGCAUCCGUGUAUGAGUCACCGUCAUUUAAGUAUACUGAAAAUUUAGGUUCAACUAUUUUUCCAAACAAUGCAAAAAUUACGGUGAAUGAUUUUAUGGAUUGUAUGAUGUCUGAUCCCGGUCCGGCACCACUUGUUUGGUUACCAUUGUUUCACCGUUUAGCUAGUGUGGAGAAUGUUGUUCAUCCAACAACUUGUGAUGCUUGUCAAAGAGAAAAUUUCACAGGGUUUAGAUAUAGAUGUCAAAAAUGUCCACAUUACACACUGUGCCAAGAAUGUUUUUGGCGCGGUCGUGUUUCAGCCUCUCAUACAAAUGAGCAUCAAGUGAAGGAAUAUUCUACGUACAAAUCACCAAGUAAACAACUUGGUCAUUCUUUAAGAAAAUCAUUUCGUUGCGUCCCAGAAAAGCCUAAAAAUGCUCUUCCAAAGUUUCCUGAUCAGCCAGAAAAAACGCUCAAUUUGUCACAUAUUGUGCCGCCGUCACCGUUACCAUCGCAUAAUGGUUUUUCAGAAAAUAAUGCUUUUCCAAUGAUGUAUGAUGUUGGCUCAAUGGAUAGUCGUUCGACCGUAAGAAGGUAUAGUUUGGAUAGCAGUCGAAUAGAUGAUGAACAUCGAUUGAUUGCACGAUAUGCAGCCAGACUUGCUCAAGAAAAUAAAAUAGGUCGUGCACCAUCUGAAGCAAGUCUCAGUUUGGAUACUUCACGUGCACAGCGCGAAUUAAUCACACAAUUGGAAGCAAAAAAUCGUGAAAUAAUGCGUGAAAUAGCACGAUUGCGGCAUCAGCAAGAAAUUGAGACUGGUAUGUCAAGUGGUGCUGAUAACCCAGCUCUAGUGUCUGAACUGAGAGCAUUACGUCAGCGUAAAGACGAGUUAGAAACACAUUUGUCAGCAUUACAAGAUUCUCGACGACAAUUGAUGGUGCAAUUAGAAGGUUUAAUGAAAAUGUUAAAGAAUCAUCAAUCAUCGCCAAGAUCUACACCAAAUUCUUCACCACGUAGCACAAAAUCACCGCCAUUAUUACCUGGUGUUAGCUCAAAUCAGAAUAUGAUGUCCAACCAACAAGGUGGUAAAAAUAUGCAAUAUCAAAUGCAACAAAUGCACCAGUCGGAUAUGGGAAUGGAUCCAUCCGAUUCACUAGCCUGUGUUGGUGGUGAUGUUCGAAGUGCUUUUGGGGUUCCUAGUUCCAGUAUGGGUUCUGGUGGUCGAUCACUUAGAAAUGAUCUAUUAGUUGCGGCUGAUUCAGUUACCAACGCUAUGUCAACAUUAGUUAGAGAAUUAAAUUCAGAAGAUCCAAAUGAUAAAUCUGGUAUUAUGAAACCUUUAGAUUUUGAAGAAAAUAAUGAUUAUAAUGAUGUAGCUGACACUUGGCAAGAAUUACAACGUCGUUAUGAGCAAGAAGCAAAUUUUAUGUUAGAUUCACAAACACGAAAUGAAAAUUUAUCGGAUAAAAUGAAUAAUAAGGAAAUGCAAAAAUCAUGAGCGUUUUGAAUGUUUAUAAUAUUAUUAUAAUUAUGUAAGUUCACGAUGAACUUAUUAAAUCAAAUAAAUAUAGCUGUGGUCCUUCCUACUGCUUUGUCUAUUUCUAUACAGC